AUGCGCACGAGCCUGGCACAAAAUAAUGGCGAACGCACCCCCCUACCUCUGGCAGCUGUAUUAUCUAGUGCCGAAGCAACCGCGGCACGACCAUCUGUCUAUUCUCCUGUGCCAAGCGAAUCCGGUGAACCACAAACCUUUUCACGAUCCAGUGAACUGCAUGAACGCAUUCCCAGUCCAACCCCCAUUCCCGGAGGGAUACAAACGCGUAUUGUCCGUGAGGAUUUGGCCCCUGAAUAUGACUUAACACGGCCACUGAACGGUUCGAACGACCAAUCAAGCCAUCCAAGUUAUCAACCAAAUCAAGAAAUCUCAAUCACCAGCAAAGGACAGAGCAGUAGGAGUAUACCGUUAAAGACUUCUCAAGUUCAGUAUAGACAGCCUCAGUUAGUUUCAGAUAUGGAACGGGACGGUGUGCAGAUCCGAGAUUCAUUCAAAAGGCAUGAAAAUGCUACGGAUAGCGUUCACUCGCGUUCAUCUCAAGCGAUGGUACAACCAAUAUGCGAGUACGAUGUGCACAAUUUUGGCAUUUCGCAAACAAGAUCCAUAUAUCAAGGGUCCAAACCGGAACAAGAUAUACAAGCCGCAUCGCAAAGAACGAGUCGAAUCAUGCAUGGCAAUGCAGACUAUGUGGACGCUUCAGUUAGACUGGUGAUGGGACCCCAAGUGCCUGUACCGAUGAAACCUGAACGCUCGUACAUAGCCAGUCCAGCACCAGGUAUUGAACAGGAAGUCACAUGGAAUUCUGCACAGAACCAAACUGAAUUAUUCAGUUCUAUGCCGGAAACCAUUCACGAUCAGAUCGAGGCCACGGCUAGUCCAAACCAGUUCAUCGAACGGUCUAUAGUUAUUUCCUAUGACAAAAGACAAAGCGUUCCCGAAAGUUCACGUGCAGUUCAGUUAAUGCAAGCACCAAAACACACAAGCACACCAAUUGAAAAUACUGCAAGUAGAAGCUCUGCUGUUCAUCGAUUGCGCAAUAUCAGUCCCAGUCCACCCAGAUCGAGUCUGCGACCGUUGCUUCCAAAAUCUUUGGAUGUUAGAACAACGCAAGCGAAAUGGCAACUUCGACCUAUUCCAACAGAGACCGAAAUUCGUGAGAGACUUCGCAGUCGAAGUCGUCAACGAGCCGAGGAACGUCAAUCUCGAGCGAAACACCCAGAUGCUCCACUAACACAAACCUAUCGCCCGAGAAGUUCUCGUUCAGAUUCUCGUUACAGAUGUACUGACUUGGACUCGGCAAUCGCAGAAUCUCGGGCUGAUACAGCGGAAUCAGGAACCAUGCAUUCAUCUGUGCACGAAAGUGAACCAUUAUCCGAGGCCAAACAGUCAUCCUCUCUAUUUGACUUGGAUGCUCAAACACAAAAACUCUCCUCAACUAGUCAACUUGGAAAUGCCCAAACGCAUGAUAUAGUGACGAAAUCAGAACGCAAAUUUUUCGGGGACGCAAAGUCAUAUAAUUCUUUGUUGGAAACAGACAUCGAUACUGGUGAAAACUUCGAACGCCCGCUGAUGCUGGAAACGGAUGUGGAUAGACUAGAUACUCGGAUCAAUAAUGUUCCUAUCGGUCAAGAUGGACUGGACAAUAAAACACAAAGUUUGUUCAAUCUCACUUUUGCUAACACCCCGGGGCAAUAUCGUCGACAAAACACGGGUGAGUCGAACCCAACAGACAACAUCAUUUCGAGUCGUAUGGGCACAUCCCAGUCAUCCGGAAUCACUAUGGAAAAUUGGCAACGCACAAAGAGUCUACAGGGUCUUUCACACAGAAGUCAGGAAUCUCCAGGUCCGAAGACCGAGGGAGAAUUUCGUCAUCACUCGCGAUUGAAUGGAGUCGGUGCCAAAGGCUUGAUUGAAAGACUGCGCGACCGGGCCAAGUCUAGUUAUGAAUUGCGAAUCGCUCAAUCGCUGACGAAGUUGCGAGUGCCCGACUGGUUGGACAAAGCAGAGUGUUUAAGCCGAAACUCGAUACAUGAGCAGAAUGCACUCAAUGCAGAUUCUGAGCUGAAUAUCUCAGAUUCCACCAACCGGUUUAAAAUAUCAUCAGGAUCUGAAAUACACUCUACUCGUUAUAAGCCACUACUGUCAUCCACCAGGUCAUUGUCCAGCUCUCGAAGGCAGGCAGACUCUUCGUCAACAUCAAAAUGGCUACGUAAAUCUCCCAUUAUUGAGACUGUAGCUGAGCCGACCUGGUCGCGAAUGACUGGAACCUCGGGAGCAACCGGUUUUGUUCGUCCGAGUCAACAAUUUCGUGAAAGAGGUGAGAGUUUAUCCCGUCUAAAGCCAAUUCACUCGAAAUUGUACAGUUCUAUGCGCAGUUUGGCUGCCAGUCGACCAGCCGACGACAAUCAGACCCCGGAAAGUUUACGUCCCCAAGUUGCACCGCGUCUAAAUCGAGCAAAGCUCAACGGACAUUCCGGUCAGGGCACUGUAUUCCAGUUAAGUCCUCAGGACUUUAUGCCACGACACGAACAGCUGUGGGGAAGAAACACUGAUGUUUUACCCCGUCGAUAUGGUCGGUCAAACACUGAGCCAAGGGGUGCUAUUGGUCCAAGCAUGGAAGCGGCACGUCUUGCUUACGAGCAACGCAAAGAGAGUCAGAUACAUGAUAUGAACCGUCACAGUUAUGAAUCACAAAUUUCAGACACGGAUAAUGACCAUGAGGUAGCUGUGCCACCAGUACCACCACAUCAAACUACCGGUACACAACUCAUUGGCGACGAUAUAAAACCGGCAGAUUACGACUCAGGCACUGAACAGUCGAGCGAGCAUGCACAGCCAGGGAAACAAAAUGGUGUUCUUGGUAUUCAACCUAUAGCUGAUAAUCCGCGAGGUUCCACUAUGGUCAAUGGAAAAGGUACAAUUUCGACAAAAGACGACAAAUCCGUCAUUCGAAUAGAACGUGAAUGGGAAACCUCUAAGGAACUCAGGCAAAAGGAUGCUGAACCAAAUCCAUUUGUCGAUGAAUCAUACAGCAAUCCCACUUCACCACGGGGUGAAUCAGUUCAAAGUGAANACAGUGCUUCUGAGUGGCGUUCGAUUGAUGCCGAAGGAGAAUCAGAAAGCGAGGCAACUGAUGGUUUGGACCAAAUUUCUGAUCUCACUUGUUUAACCAACCUGAUCGAUACAUGUGCCACACGCCAUCGUGCUUUGCUUGCUAACCGCCCAUCAGCCCUGGAGCAUUUAUUAACCAGUUUGGGAUGGUGGCCAUUGAAUCCACCCGUAGAACAUCAACAUUUACCUCCGACGGCAGCCGAAGCGAUCUCCAUUGCAGCGCAUGAGUUCGAUGUGGAUGAGGAUUCACAUCGGUACGAAUUUCUGCAACUUCUUCAGGGCCCGGAAAGUCGACGCCCGAUAAACCUUGGUGAAUUCGCUUUGAACCACUUGUCAGGUUCUGUGCAGCGAAAACAGCAUGAUGGGUUACUCUACAUCAGUUGUGGGCGAGCAGAAUGUAUGAAGUCACCUAUACAAGUGCAACAGGCAUCGGACUGGCGAGCAUGCGCGAAUUGUUAUACACUUUAUUGUUCACCUACUUGUCGGGCACUAGAUCGACGGGCCACUCACGAUCAUCCGACCGUUUGCUCCUUCGCUCGAGCAAAGAGAGUCUGUAACCGAGUUCUGCGAAAUCUGGCUCCGGGACAAAUUACCGGACUGACAGCACUAGCGAAAACCGGAAUGGCCAGGCUGGGUCGUGGUGGUAUACUACUACCGUUUGCUUUGAUUCGUCAUGCCGAACUAUUUUUGAAACGAGCUCAGUCACAUUCCUGGAAUACAACAGGUGAGGCAAGUGAUACGAGUCUGGAAAAAGCGACUGCUUGUUGGGAAAAGGAUCGGCAACCUAGUCCCGGUGGAUUGAUUGCUCCACCGUUGUAUUUGACGUUACAAGAGUUACAAGAACUAGACUCUACGGUAGCCAACCCUUGUAGGACGUACGCACCAUCCACUAGUAUGGUAUUGAUCAUUGUGGUAUGUGCUUAUGAACUAAUUGCCCGAACAGAUGGGAGACCGGUGCAUUUGUUUAAACAGAGCUUAGUAUUACCGUUCCCGGCACAUAGUUUAUCAAAUGGUAAACGACAAUCGAUCAGUGAAAGAACAAUUCCAGUUGCACCAGCCUUACCCGAAAAACCAACACUGCCCCAAACAAAUGGUCUUCUUGGUCGACCAGAUCGUCAAGCAGCUGCAUCUCGUGAAGCCUAUAUGAUUAGGCUACAGAGAAUGUUACGAGAGCGGGGAGUUAGCCUACGACAUCAUCAUCCAGAAAUCUACACACAGGUGGCCAAUUUUGUGGAAACCGGAGUACCCUUUUCGCCUAUUCGAAUCAGUUUCCACGAUUUUAUUCUACGCGAGGAGGUUCUCUGUGUCAUCCGACCCAUGCAUGAUCCGCAAAUUUACCCCAUUCGUCAAGUACAACAACCCCAAUGCUCAGGGCGAGAAACUGAUUAUUACGAAGAAGUCCACAAAGAACGGCACGGCAAGGUCAACCCACCGGCAACAGGUGCAAAGAAACUAAAUGCUGCAGCAGCACCAAAUCCGAGUGCGAAUAAUCAUCCCCGCUGGCAAGAAACCAAUUUCUGA